UCCGCUCGCGAUGCAAGCACGAGAUAUGGAGGAAAAUAUGGAAAAUAUUUACAUCAUCAUGCACGCUAUGUUUGGACGAUCAUGAUCAGUUUUUUUCUUCCCCAAUUUUCUCUCAUUACUUAUCAUUUCUCCAGAUUCGUGGUUGAAACACGCAGAGAUUUCUGUGAUAUUGCGUUCCCCGUGAAACGCGUUUGUGCAUGAAUCUUACUGUGGAUGAAUCGAUCUCCUCGGAUGAUCUCAUCUGCUCCGCGUUUAGUAGGUCAAGUACGGUUAGUUUUUUGCGCGCGCGGAAGAAGGAUCCUGCUAGUCGAGGAUGAACGCGCGACGCCACGUGAUUGAUCUGACGUGUGAUGCCCGUCAGGUGGAGGACAGUGUGUCGGCGCUCUUCCACACCAUCCUCUUCCAUCGCUGUUUGGGGAAGUUCACGUUCCGCGAGGACGCCAACGGGCAUCAGACCAUCGUCAUCGGGACGGUGGGCUACGACGAUGUGGACUGCAGCGCCGUCGAUCUGACAUACGUGCGGUGUUCCUCGCCGGACCUGACGCAGGCCGUGUCGCGGGAAGUGGUGCCGUUCGCGCGCGACCUGCAGAAUGAGCCGGGCGUGUCCAGUGCGGCCAUCUCCCUGGAGUUCUUCGAGAAGCGCCCGCGGGCCGGCCUGGCCGUCAUGGGGCACGACAAGCUGCCCUGGGAGAUCUGGGUGCUCAAAUUCCAGCUGGCCAACUCCCCCACCGAGUCCGAGCGGCGCCGCUACCGCUACGAGCUGGCGCCCGUGCUCGCCGACAAGAUGCUCAUGGUGGUGGAGUGUAUGAACCGCUACGAGUACGUGCCGAAGAAUCCGCAGCGCGAGGAACUCGGUCUGGUCUUCGACACGAACUACAGCGACGUGCAGCCCUACCUGUUCCAGGUGAAGCGCAACGCCGUCGACCUCAAGCCGUCGCAGUCGGUGUCGAAGAGUAUGGGCCGCUUCCUGCGCGACGCCCUGGAGAUAUAGCCGCGACGGAAUCUCCUCAACGAGCUGGCUUGUUUUUUGAUAAUCCGUGAUAAGUAUUUUGUUCUCCCGUUUGUGGACCUGAAAUACGCCUUGCAUGGACCCGCGCGCCUCGCCUUCAUCGAUUUCUGGCCAUUUUGGCAUUCUGUACAUCGCCAUUGUGUUUUCUGCCCUUCGCUCAUUCUUGGUCUUCGCAUAAUUCUUGUGCCGUUUUUUUCUGCACCCUCUUUUUGUGGUGAAUAUGUGCUAAAAGUCUAAUUAAUAAUAAUCUUAGCUGGUGUGCUGUAGUUGAAUUGUCAGAAUAAAAAAACGAUAUUCGGA